AUGUCUACCUUAUUUGCUGGCUCCGACGACGAAGACGACCCAGUCAUUAAUACCUCCGAACACCAGUCUUAUGGAUAUGUUCAUUCCUCUACGCAGAAACCACUGUUCUUCGCCGACAGCGACUCAGACGACAAUGAAGACAUAGUUGCACCUACGACCGACCCAGCAAGGAUUAUACAGGCAGAGACGUUUGCAGACGAGAUGAUGGACCUGGAUAGCGACAUAAAGAUACCGGAUAUUGAUGAGGUACCUAGAGCCUCCAGCGUCCCGAGCAGCGCAUCGUCUACACACGACCUUAGGCCGACCUCACCCGCUUCUUCCGUUCACUAUGAAGAACGUCCAGCAAAAAAGCAGCGGUUUUCUCCCCCACCUGAUGAGGGCACUGCGAAUGUGUUUACUUCAGCGUAUGUUGGCUCGUUCUUGGUUGGGAACGCGUGGAGCACUGUGCGUGGGACCGGAUACGUCAAGCCAGGAGAUGAAAUCUGCGUUGACCGCGAUACUCAGGAGGAGCUGAAACCUCCAAUUGUGAAGUUGUCUUCGUCGAAGGAUGCAAAAGGGAAGCGCGGGAAACGGCAGCUUUCGAUUGCUACAAUGCUAAAGCCUCAAGCGAAACCGACCAAGAAGAAGGAGAACCUCGUUGUCCGUCUGACAAACAAAUCAGGCUUCGAGUUCGGUCGUUUGCCUCAAGAAGUUGCAUCAUGGGUUUCCAAAUUGCUAGAUCUCGAUAUCGUUGACUUUCGGGGGAGUACCAUUAUAGACUGCCCUGCAAAACUGCAUUCUGGCGCGGACCUUAUUGUGUCCCUGUCCGUACACAUGAAGGCAACAGCCUUCAAGGCGCCAAGCACGUUUUCGGAUGAGAGACCCAAGGUCAUGUUCAACGAAGGCCAGGAGACUGCCACAGAGCAAAUGCUGCGCGAAAGAAAGAGCGCCCUUUUGAAACUAUUCAAAGUCGUCUCCCUCAAGCCGACAAGAGGAAGCAGCUUCACUCGAAAGUCGCGUGGUGAACUGGAGAAGAAAGACCUCGAGGUGCUGACUCAACAACCCCAAAUUGACAAGGGCAAGAAGCCGGUAAGAACGGAGAUAGUUGGCGAUGGAGAAGAGGUUGAAGUAGAAGGAGAGGGCGACGAUAUCUCCGACAACGAGCUUGAUCUUAUCUACAAAAGGGCUCAGCAAAAUGACCAGAAGCUCGGCGAAAUGGACCCUGCGGACACGUUUUCUCUCUCAUUGCGCGGAUACCAGAAGCAAGCAUUGCUUUGGAUGUACUCAAUCGAAACCGGGAUCGCAUCCGCACGCGAAGCACGGUCGAUGCAUCCUCUAUGGAAGGAGUAUACUUUCCCUCCCGAACCAGGUAAAAAUAUGAUCGACCUGACGGACGAGAAAGCCUUCUACUUUAAUGAGUAUUCGGGGGAGCUGAGCCUGGAAUUUCCGAAGGCGGAGCGGAAAUGUCGGGGUGGUAUUCUUGCAGACGUGGGAAUGGGCAAGACUAUCAUGCUGUCAGCUCUCAUCCAGACUGCGCGCGGGCCAGAAGCGCCUAGCGUAGAUGCCAAUCGUAGCUGUACAAAGAAUCGUCAACUGAAGUUAAACAGCGCGUUCCGCUCUGUGUCCAAGCACCAUGGGAGGGAGUCUAGAGGCCCGUCUGCGACGCUCAUCGUAGCUCCUACCUCGCUUCUUUCUCAAUGGGCCGAGGAACUUCAGAGGUCCAGUCAACCGGGCACAUUGAAGGCCCUUGUCUGGCACAGUCAGAAUCGCGCGGAUCUUGAUUCUCUGCUAGACGAUGAUAAUGCUGUUGAUGUGGUUAUCACCUCUUAUGGGACCCUUGUAUCGGAGCAUGCGAAAGGCGAGAGGUCGAGUAGCGGUCAAAUAUCACCAGUCUUCGAGACUGAAUGGCUUCGUGUUGUGCUGGAUGAGGCUCAUCACUGCAAAUCGCGGCAGAGCAAGACUGCAAAAGCCGUGUAUGCUUUGCGCGCUCGAAGGCGGUGGGCGGUGACAGGGACGCCUAUCGUGAAUCGACUGGAGGAUCUAUAUUCAUUAUUGAAAUUUCUUGAUUUUACUCCCUGGUCGGAUUAUACCUUCUUCCGUUCGUUCAUCACGUUACCUUUCCUUGCCCGGGAUCCCAAGGCUGUCGAAGUAGUGCAAAUUAUUCUGGAAAGCGUCUUACUAAGACGCGAGAAAGAUAUGCUCGAUACAGAUGGGAAGAGAAUCGUAGACCUUCCUGGUAAAGAGGUGAUCUUUGAAAGCCUGGAAUUCUCUCCUUUAGAGCGGAAAAUAUACGACUCCCUGUACUCAGACGCAAAGAAGGACUUCGACCAGCUCAAUGCGAGAGGUCUCGUCAGCAGGAACUACACUCACAUCCUCGCCAUGCUCAUGCGACUACGACGCGCCGUUCUUCAUCCCAACUUGGUGCUCUCCGACAAAAAGACGGACGAAAAGCCUGACGCUGAUCGAAAGGGGGACGGUGUUGUCGAUGUCAACACCUUAAUCAAGCGUUUCGGCGAAGGAGACAACACUGUAGGUGACAGUAAGGUCUUCGCCGAAGAUGUCCUGGCCAAUCUCGGGCAAGACGGCGGCACUGAAUGUCCCAUAUGCUUCGACGUGAUGGAUGCGCCUACCAUUAUUCCUAGCUGUAUGCACCAAUGCUGCAAGGAUUGUAUCGUAGCGUUCAUUGAGACAUGUCGCGAUAAGGGGGAGGAUGGCAGGUGCCCAACUUGUUCGCGAGGUCCGCUGAAGGAGAGCGACUUGCUCGAAGUCGUGCGGACGCCGCAUGAGUCGACCGACAACGCAAAAGCCGAGGUUCCCGAGCCUGUGGUCACCUUGCGGCGCAACGACUUCCGAUCUUCGACGAAGCUCGAAGCGUUGAUGCAGAACCUCCGCCGACUGAGGGACCAGGACCCCAGCUUCCGAGCUGUCGUCUUCUCCCAGUUUACAAGCUUUUUGGACCUGAUCCAAGUAGUAUUGGAGCGAGAACGCCUGGCUUGGUUCCGGUUUGAUGGGUCGAUGGAUGUAAAGAAGAGAAGCGAAGCCGUUUCUGGGUUCAAAUCUCCAUCUAGAGAUGGGAAAGUGCUAAUCAUAAGCUUGAAGGCGGGUGGGGUUGGUUUGAAUUUGACAAAUGCAAAUCAUGUUUUCAUGAUGGACUGCUGGUGGAAUGCUGCCACGGAGAAUCAAGCAAUUGACCGAGUGCAUCGGAUUGGCCAGGAGAAGACAGUCUAUGUGAAACAUUUCAUUAUAUCCGAAACGAUUGAAGGCCGUAUCUUGCAGAUACAGAAGAGGAAGACUGCAAUUGUCAAGGAAGCAUUCCGAGGCAAAGGGAAUGCAGACCCAGAGAGUAUCGAGAAUCUCAAAAUCAUGUUUGGAGAUGACUGA